CGCUCGGCGAAGUGGCCAACUGACAGCUCACACACACGCCCACAAUAGGUCAGGGGCCACAAGAGCCAAGCCCCGCGGCUUCAGGCGCAGCACCAACAUUCAAGCAGAGGCUAAGUACCCUAAGACAUAGCCAGCUUGGACCUGGAAUACUUGCCCCGAGAGCAGCAGCCUACGCCUGGGGACGUUCGAGGCCUGGGGAUGUUCGAGGCCUUGCUUGCCGCCCUUGCUUAAUUGAAGGGGCUGCUUCAAGCUGCUGAACGGGCUCCAUGGCUAGCCUGGUCUACUCCCACGAGUGGCUGAUCUCCAACUUUUUGAAAGUGGAGGCCCAGUCCGUCGACUCGCCUUCCUUUAAGCUGGGCCCUCAUGCCUGGAAGCUUCAACUCUACCCCUCUCAGGAUAAAACGCACCUGUCCGUGUACCUGCGCUCCGUGGAGCCGAAAGCACCGCGAGCAGUGAACUUCAAGUUCGUGCUGCGCAAUUGGCAAGACCCCAAGGAUGACUUCAAAAGCGCAGACGCAAGCUACACCUACACCGACGCGUGCGUGGCGGGAUAUGGCUUUCCCAGCUUCAUUCCUCGCGAGAAGCUCAGUAUCGCCUCCGGCUUCCUGCGUCCCACUAGUCCCACCAACGGCGGCGCGUUGCUGCUGCGUAUAGAGCUCGAGUACAACACACUUCCGGCGGCCUCCAGCGCGGCGGCGGAUGGCAGCAGCGGCGGUGACGGCGGCGGUGGCGUUUACCCGGCAACUGUGUGCGACGGCGCGGUCUCUGCCGGUAGCGGCGACAUUGCCACGGACCUGCUCUCACUCUGGAAGCGCCCCGGCCCCACCUCCGAUCUCAUUAUCAUCGCUACCGCGCCCGCCGGUGCGGCGGCGGCAGUGGCGGCCAACCCAACAGCAGAGGUCUUGGGAACGGGAGCGGGCGCGGCUGCUACCAUCAAACCCACCACUGCCACGGCGGCGGCUGACGGCGGCGGCAGCAGCUGCGGCCCCAGCAACACCGGCAUGCGGCGCUUCGACGUGCACCGCGCCAUCGUGGCCGCGCGCUGCCCCUACUUCGCCACGCUGUUUGACAGCGGCAUGCGCGACAGCAGCGCACGCGAACUGCCGCUGCCCGACACCGACCCCGCCGCUCUGGAGCCGCUGCUGCACUUCAUGUACGGUGGCGGGCUCACCGUCACUACCCGCCAGCAGGCGCGCAGCUCCUUGGAGCUGGCAGACCGGCUGCUGCUGCCCAAGGUGGCGGCGCUGCUGCGGACGCACCUGCUGUCCACCGUGACUGUGGCCAGCGUGGUGCAAGAAGUUCUGUGGGCGGCGGACGCGGCGCAAACAGAGCUGUUGACGGGCCUGCUAGAUUUCGCGGCGGAGGCAGAGGCUGACCUGCCAGAGCGCGACCUGCAGCAGCUGGCGGCGCAGCAGCCGGCGCUGAUGGCACAGCUGUUCACGGCCGCUCGCCGCGCCGCGAAACGCUCGUGCACGUAAAGCGGGAGCGGUGUGGGGCACCGGGGCGUAAGGCCCAUGAGCUUCCGUGCAUGGAGGGAACUGCAUGCGAAGGAACGGGGCUGCACCUGCGUUUGACCUGCAUCAUUGCGUCAUUGUAGCCACCAAUAACAACAGCAAACUUGCAGUUUGAUUCACUAUUUGGCCGAGCUGUCGAAACGAAAUUCCAACUGGAUCUGGCGUAGUUUCUUGUGUUUCAAACUUCUAGUGUGUGUUCUGAGUGUUAUCUUUAUUAUACGUUGAACGACAUUAGUUUUUGGCUUCCGGUCAUGUCUUAGAAACUGUUCACGUUUGACGUAAACAAGAAGCAGCGCGAACGACAUCCUGCCUUGCAGUAACGGGAGUUGGCGAUGAAGGUGAGGCAGGCUAUAGUGGCAGAGGCCGGGGCCGUGGGGAACGGGCUGUAGGGACCGGGCUGUAGGGACGGCCAAGACAAGUCGUCACCAAGUGCCCACCAGUGUCCGGAACCCGUUGAGUUUGUGGCAGUAGGGCUACUGCUCGACAUGCUCGUUCAUCAAUUUGAGGCAGCUAUAGAGGGGGCGCCUGGUGACAUGGUUGGGCGGAGCGGGGGGAUGAAGGGGUAGGGUAGGGGAAGGCGCAGCCGUGGGCGACGGCUCAAACCUUGUUCCUAGUCGCACGCCUUGCACACUUCCACAUGAACAAUUAGUCAAGCAUAAUGUUGACGCCCUGAACAUUACCCACGCUUACAUGACACCCCACGGAGCAGGGCCGCGGCAGUAGAGCCCAGGGUCGCGAGCAGGGACCCACAAAGCACCGGCAAGAGCAGGGCGGAGAACUGCUGCUCGCAAAGGCGGCUGCCGUGCUUCUGCUUCGGCAUCGGGCGUGCAAAACGAGGCAGCAGCAGCAGGCUGCACACGCCAUGGUGGGGUGGCCGGAUGCCGUGGGGAGUGUGGUGUGUGAGGCAGUAGCAGGCAGGAGCCUCGCCGGCACCCCCUGCACCAACGACUCACGCAGGCCUGGGUGCUGGUCCCGCCGGUUGGGUUGUCCCAACCUAAACCGAACCCGAUGCAAAAGAGGGAGGAGUGUGGGGGUGUUGAGAGCCUUCACCCAGGGACUCAGAUUGCAAGUCGAAUGCAGCGGAGCCCCAUGGGUCUCUCUAUCGAC